ACUCGAAUGCAGUUGCUGAAGGCGAAGGCGUUCUUCUCAAAAGUGGCUCCCAAGGCGAAGAAGCCGAAGACCGCGUGCCAAUUGCCAGAAUCCGAGUACAGGUUCUGGUCUCCUCUCGGCUGCAUCACCGUGAGGGCCUGCGAGUCUGGCCUGCACACGACGGGCCUCCAGGGGGAUCUGUCGGACGAAAAUUUUGCACCAAACCCAAACCAAGGUGUAAAGCUUUUGGGGAGCAACAAAGUACCGCAGGUCAUCAAAAAAUGUGAGAUCUGGUUUCGCACUUACUUCGAUGACCCUAAGAAUAUGAACACCGUGGAGAGGCCAGACAUCUGUGUGUUCAAGAAAUCAAAUUUAGCAUUUCGUGAACUAGUUUGGAAGACCCUAGCAGACACGGUCGGGCCAGGCGAGGUCAUCACCUACGGUGCCUUAGCUGACAGAUUAAAAAAUCCAGGCGCUGUAAGAGCUGUGGGCUCAGCGAUGCGCAACAAUCCAAAUGGCAUAAUUGUCCCUUGCCACAGGGUUGUUAGAACAUCAGGGCUAGGACUCUACCACGGAGGUACUCUACAGUCUGUCAAAGUGUGGCUGCUGAACCAUGAGGGAAUUACAAAAUAUUCUAAGUAAGGUUUUUUAAGUCUGACAAUGAGAUGUCUAAAAAAGGCUCUAAGGACUUUCAAAGAAACCAGUUGGUCUUGCUGGUCCAAUAUCUCUAAGAGAGGAAAUAGAGUUUAUAAAGUUUCUUUAGAAAUAUCCCUUGACAACCAAUCCUUCCAAGCCAGUCAUUGAAUUCAUGGAUGGAGGUCAAUUAGGACCACUCCGGCACUGACACUGACACUGACAGAAUUGAGGAAGGGGCAUAUGUGGGUCAUCAGAUGCCAGGGGUAAAAACUGAAAACUUCCAGCUUGUGGAUCAUUUCCUGAACCUCUAGUAUUGCAGUUGUUGUCCUCAGUUAUCUUGUUGCAAUGGAGAAAGAUUGCAAAAGCUGUUUCCUCUUUUGCCUUAUUUUGAGUCUCAGACUUUUUAAAUUCUGUUGACAUAAAUUGUCAGUGUGUGGUAUAGAGGAAAAAUGCAAAAAUAGGAAAAAAAAUUGUGUAUAACAGAGUUUUGAGUUGCUCUUUUUCCCAUCAUAUGAGCAUAAGUAACCCUAACAUUUUUCCUUAAUUCAGAGUUAAGUUUCUCAUUGUAUUAUUAAAGUGUUUUUCUCUUAGUAUUGUUAUCUUAUAUAUAGUUGUUUAAAUUCAACUAAUAAUUAAAAGAAGAAAUCACAAAGUUAAGUUUUUUGUUGUUAAGAUUUGCAUUUUCUUUAUUUAGUAUAUUUAAUUUGAUUUUAAAUCUAAACUGUUUUGGCAUUUUUUUAAUGCAGGAAUUUCAUAUGUAUGUAGAGCUGUAAAAACCCAAUAACUGUAUUUUUAUAGGAAGAUUAAAGAAUGUCUGAAAAAAUU